UAGGUGGUUGUGACUUCGGGUCCGGGGUUGGCGAGAGUCUUGGUUGAAGGAGAACUCUGCGGCGUCAUCCCUGACGAGGUUGUUGGAAUGUUUUUUAUUUUUAUUUUUGUCUUUGAUCUGCUUUCUCCUCUGUAUGUUUGGUUGUUGAUGACGAAAUUCUCGUUUCCUGUCCAAGUCAUCGGCCCCUGCCCCCCCUGGCUGCUACAGCGGCGGCGGUGGGAUCAGAGUGUGUGUUUCUUCAGGCUGGUUCUUUUUAAUAGUUUUCGUUAGGUCCGGCGCCUCUUGGGGAGUGCCAAUGCAGCUUGCUGCGGCUCCUUCCUCUAGGUUGCUUGUGCCUAUGAUUAUAUUGUUUUGAUACAAGGAUCUUUGAGAACCAAGAGUGAACCGGUUGCUCGGAGUACACGUCGUAACCAAGUUUUUCUGGGACAACACUUAAGACUUUUGAGGAGCAUAAUUCUGACGCAUUAGUUUUGAAACCUGUUGUCACUCUGAACGAAGGAAAUGAAUUGCGUAGGGACCUGGUGCCCUUCUAGUCAGAUUGCAACACUCAGUGCAGGAUAUGGAGCUGGAAGUGGUUGUCCACGUGUGUGUGACAAGCUCUCGCCAUCUCUGUCGGUCAUAGAGUAUAGUUAUCGUGGUGGAUUAAGUACGUCGCAACAACCUGGGUCAGGAGAUGAUUUCGGUGCCAAAGAAAGCAUUGUAUGUACUGUUGGGCUUCUUUAGUAGAAUGGCAGGCACGCACCCAACUGUCAACAUCGCUUGACUAGCAUCUGGUGCUUGGAGAAGUAUUUAUACACGAAGGGAGGUACAUUCUCUGAUGCUGAGAGAAUAAUGUAAACAUACAUAAAAGGACUCAGCCGAACAGGGUUGACUGAUGUCGAUUGGAUAUACAGGUGACGGUUGAAAGUGACUAGUUGGCGUCUCCAGGUGCCACAAAAGCUGCUGCUUUAUGAAUCUCAUGGCCCCUCAUAAUGGAAGGCAGGAACCUCACAGUUCUGAGGUGCACAAAUUGUACGGGACCGUGCCCCCGAUGAGCCCCUUGAGCGAAACCUUGUGGAGGGACAGAACCAACAUUCCUGUGGGGGACACUUCUGUGAGGUUGACAUGGGUGGACAUAUGGGUUACCACCGUCAGACAUGGAUCCAAGCAGGCCAUUCUACAAGGGUUGACAGGGUAUGCCGAACCAGGGUCCAUAAUGGCCAUCAUGGGUCCAUCAGGAUCUGGGAAAUCCACAGUGCUGGACACAUUGGCAGGAAGACUGGCGAAGAACACCACGCAAACAGGUGACAUUCUCCUAAAUGGUCAUCGGAAAUCAACGUUGUCUUAUGGAACCGCGGCGUACGUUACACAAACUGACGAACUCAUAGGAACGCUCACAGUCCGGGAGACGAUGUACUACUCUGCCGACUUGCGCCUACCGAGCAACAUGUCACAUGCUGAUAAGAAAGCCUUAGUGGACAGCACCAUUCAGGAGAUGGGACUUUUUGACUGCCGGCACACGCCCGUAGGGAAUUGGCAUCUGCGGGGGUUAAGUGGGGGCGAAAAGCGCCGCUUGAGCAUCGCUCUGGAAAUUCUUACUCGCCCACGUCUGCUCUUUCUCGAUGAGCCUACCAGUGGACUGGACAGCGCUGCUGCGUUUUUUGUGGUAACCACGUUGAGGAACCUGGCGCGAGAUGGGCGCACGGUAAUUGCGUCGAUUCAUCAACCUAGCAGUGAAGUCUUUGAGCUCUUUGAUAACCUGACUCUUCUCUCUGGCGGCAAGCUCAUCUUCUUCGGGGAAGCGAAAGCUGCAAAUGAGCACUUCACGACAGCUGGAUUUCCUUGCCCGUCUCUGCGGAACCCCUCGGAUCACUUCCUACGUGCCAUCAACUCCGAUUUUGAUCAAGUCAAGUCCAAUUUUAAUUGCUCCUCCAAUUUCCGGGAUUUGGAAAGAGUGGAUAUGUUAGACAAGAUGAGCACCAACCAGGUGGUGAGAAUAUUAAGCGACUCCUACCAGAACAGCGAGUACGCUGCGGCUGCCAUGUCGCGCAUCAAUGAAAUUCUUCAAAUGCAAGGGACGGUUCUGGAGGGGAGCGGAAGCGAAGCCAGUUUCUUAAAGCAGUGCUCAACUCUAACCCGCCGCUCAUUCGUAAAUAUGAGUCGCGACAUUGGCUACUAUUGGCUUCGCCUUGUAAUAUAUAUCACCCUCUCACUCUGCCUGGGCUCCAUCUUCUUACACCUGGACUUUUCCUACAGCUCCAUAAUGGGAAGAGCGGGAUGCAUUGGGUACGUUGGCGGGUUUCUGACCUUCAUGUCCAUCGGAGGCUUUCCGUCUUUUGUGGAGGAUAUGAAGGUUUUCCAUCGAGAGAGACUAAACGGCCAUUAUGGGGUGUUUGCGUUUGUGAUCGGCAACUCCUUGUCAUCGAGUCCAUUUUUGUUCAUGAUUGCUUUGAUUUCUAGCGUCAUCGUUUACUACAUGGCAGGUCUGCACCUCGGGUUCGAUCACUUCGUCUACUUCGUCCUCUCGCUCUUCGUCCAGGUGACCAUUGUGGAGAGCCUCAUGAUGUCAGUGGCGAGCAUAGUACCCAACUUCUUGAUGGGCAUUAUAACCGGUGCUGGAAUCCAGGGCAUAUUCAUGCUGGUCGCGGGCUUCUUCAGGCUUAUAGACGAUCUACCGAAGCCCGUGUGGCGCUACCCGCUCUCGUACAUCGGUUUCGACAUGUACGCCCUUCAGGGAAUGUACAAGAACGAAUUCACUGGGUAUACAUUCGAUAAUUUCGUGCUGGAUGGGAAGUCGAUUGGCCCCCCGAUUCCAGGCUGGUACGUGAUCCGAGAGCUGUAUGGGAUGAAGACGACCCGGGGGAAGUGGGACGAUCUCUACAUCCUGUUCGGCAUGAUCUUUGUAUACCGCCUCAUCUUCUUCAUCUGCAUCAAGCUACAUGAGCAUCUGGGGCCCUACCUCCGCUUGAAGCUGACGCAGUACCGCACCAACCGGAAGCUCUCCAACAAGGACUCCGACCUCCAGCAUGGGAUCCGUCUCAUGAUGUCCCCAAUGACCACUGCGCAACGCCACACCGUGCCACUCCAGUGCUCCUCCAAGCGAUAACUGCUCCCGAUUCCCUCUUCGAUCACCCUCCGUGUCUGUCUACACAGUCGCUCAAGCCGCAACUCAAACUCGUCGCAAAUUGCUUACGAUGCCCGCUGGAGAAUUACCGACUCCUUCACCAUCUAUGAUUUCAAAAAUCCAUUGCAACGAUCCGCAUCCGCUUAACAAAAUUAGCAGAAUAAUGACUGAUCCUUACUGAAAAAUUAGCAUCAGCCCUUGCGUAGUUGUGAAUCACUAUCAGGAGCUUAACGGCAUUUCACCAGAAGAUAAGCAGAGGCUGCUUAGAAGCGGUGAACGAAUCAUAAGGUUGGUAUUGAUAUUUGUCCCAUUCUAUUGGGUAUAUGUUAUGUUCAAUUGAUAAUAGUGUUUUUUUUUUUAAA